AUCGUACGUCUGGUCCCGCCGAGUCGAGGUCGUGCCUGCCUCCCUUUCCUCCCUCUCUUUGCGCCCCAUGCUGGUGAGCCUCGCCGCCUUGCUCUCGAUCCUCGCCCGCACCCUCACACCGCUCUACAUCAUGGUCCGCGAACGCACCUUCAUCGCCGUGAAACCCGAUGGCGUCCAGCGAGGGCUCACCGGGGAAAUUAUCAAGCGCUUCGAGGCUAAGGGAUUCAAGUUGGUCGGCAUGAAAUUUAUGCAGGCAACUGAGGACCACCUCAAGAAGCAUUAUGCCGACCUGGCUGACAAGCCCUUCUACCCUGGCCUCUGCAAAUACAUGUCAUCUGGACCCCUUGUGGCCAUGUGUUGGGAGGGAACUGGUGUGGUGAAGACCGCACGUACCAUGAUGGGAGAAACCAGGCCUGCUGACUCAAAGCCUGGUACUAUUCGAGGAGACUUCUGCAUUGAAGUUGGGAGGAACAUCAUUCAUGGUUCAGAUUCAGUAGAAUCUGCCAACAAGGAGGUUGCUCUGUGGUUCAAGCCAGAGGAACUCUUCAGCUGGACUCAGGCCAAUGAGUCCUGGAUCUAUGAGUAAGGGGCACUGGAUUGUGGGGAGGGUUUGUGGAGCUACUGUUCCCAGAGGUGAUGUUUGGUGGCUGCAUUGAUGUGCUGAUAGCAAACUACCUUCUGUUAGGGACAGUUGCCACCCCAUUUUAGCUUGGGCUAUUUGUUUAAUAAAAGUCAUUGACUAC